AUGGGGACUGCGGAGCCGCUGCCGGACUGUCGUGACGUGGGGCUGUUUCGCGCACAAGCGCAAGGUGCAGCCGCGCCCAACGCGACCACUCCAGAGGCGACAGAUGGAGACACCAACUUCACAUGUCUGCUUCGCUCUGGGACGGCCGUGGUGGCGCUGCUGGGCUCAGCGGAGGGAAACUAUUUAAGUCCCCUGCGAGACCCCGUGCGGUUCGCCGUGCCGCGUGCUUCUCCCGCGGCAACGAAGUUGGACAAUAGUCGAGUUGCAUCAUUUCUUCUUAGGGUACGGCAAACUUUAUCUCGGUUUUCUGCCUUUCCAUGGGGCGAUCCAGCCGCCGUGGAGCGCUUCUUCUUUCGGCGUCGGUUCCGAGUUGCUUUUGAGAUAGAUGCUUCUCCAGGUGGAAUGACAAGUCGCAACCAACUCCUUAGUCGGGCAGUCUUUGAUCGCAUUCGCGCCACUUCCUUUGCACCCACAGCGGAGUUGGUAGGAAAAACGGGGAAUAGCUCUGUCGGAGAGGUUCGACUUGGCUGCAACUUUGAUAAAAUGCUAGAAACGUAUCAAGGUGUUUCCAAGACUCCGUCGCUCAUUUCGCGGAUGGUCAGCGAGGGUGGCUUCGGCGUCCUGCUUUCCGUUUUAUUUGGUGGUAAUGGCUUUGCUAAUACUAUUAGCAGUACGGCUAGGAAUAGUGGGGAAGCGUCUUCCGGGGUUUUGUCGUCUGCCGAACUUGGGACGGCGUACGUUUUCGAGGAACUUGGCCCAAACGGGAGAAGCAGCCGGUGGUUGCCAUCGUGGGUGGCGGCGUGGCUGGGCACUCGGCCCAUGGCAUCCACAGAAGCACUCUUGCGUGGAACAGAAGGCCGGCACCAGUUCGCGUACGAAGUUGAAUUGCCUGUCGCAAGUCCAGUAUGUCUUCGUCUGGCGGCUGCCCAUGCUCAAGGGCUUUCGCUGCACGUAGAGGAAACCCUUGUGUUUGAUAUUUUUUGGUUAAAGGUUAUGCUUCUUCUGUGCUUAAUCUGGUUCUUGCAACCCUGGGUAGAAGAUGUUCCGGCCUUUCAGAUAUUACUCGCUGGCGUAGGCGGAAUCAUUGUCCUGGUGGGGUUUUUGCUCAUCUUCCUCUUUCGGAAGCUGCAGAAUAUGACACUGGGGAAAAUUGGUCUUUUAGCACUUGUAACGAUGGGUGGUUUCUCUGCGCUUGCCGAAAGUCUUUUGAGUGCGUACGCCGCUUUUAUUUACUCCUAUUUUAACUACGACGAGAAUUCGGACCUGAUUUUCCACCUCACGUGUGUGCUUCUUGUGAUUGGCUUGGCCUGUGGCCUCUUUGCCAAGUUUUUCUGGGCGAGCUAUCUUUUUUCACUGACACGAUGGACGCUGCGGUGGACCCAAUUUGGGGUCAUCGCAUGUGCCGCGAUGCAGAACCGUGAGGCAACACUUCUCUUUCUUGUGGUGGCCUUUGCCUUCUACCCGCCCAGGCUGCUCCGGUUCAUACUGUGGUGCUCGCGGUCGUACGAGCUGGAGAACCGAGAGAACGAACCACAGGAGAGUUUUCCCGGCUCCGCGAGGCGCGAGGUGGCGUACGCGCCGCCUCUGUGUGUUGAGGGCUUCAUUGGCGGCUCUCGGGCGCUUAGCUCGGAGGAGAAGCUUCGCCUGUACGACGCCCUCGGGAACGAAUACACGCAGCGUGCCCUUGCGCAUCUUGCGGACGCCGUGAAGGAGGAUCCCAGGCGGUAUGCGUCACGCCUGAAGAAUCCCAAGGAAGUCAUGAAUUGGGCACGACACUACAAGUAG